AGAGCGAAGAAACGAGAACGUCCUCAUGGAAACGAGUGGAAGUGGUGAUGUUGGCAGCGCGCACUGAUCACGAGAUCAGCGCUCCGACCAGCGUUUAGAGCGGAGAAAACUCGGAAACCCCCUUUGGUAUGUUUUCGUUGCCAGUAUCGCCAAGUAUCGCUGAUGCCACAGAGUCGACGUAGUUCAGAUCAGUUUCAGAUGUAGAAAUGUCGAAUACAAUGGAUGCUGAAAAAUUGAUUAGUUGCGUUUUUUCACGGAGUCCAUUAUGAGACAAAAGAGACGCGUCAUCGCUGGGAGAACGUCGCCUCUAUGCAAGUGAUACCUCCAACCUCCGAGACCACAUACGGCGGCGUCACCCAAGUGGAUAAGGGGCAACCCCAACAACAGGGCAAGCAGAGGUUGUCCCAUUAUAUGGCGCGGAGCAGCCAGGAGUCUCAAACGAUGGACAGAUUUGUGGCACGCUUCAUCGCCAGGAUCUUUCAGCCAUUCAGAAUCGUGCUUCAAGGAGAUGGUAAGCUACCUGAAUGCCAGCCGCCAGGUCGGCGAACAGUUCUGAUCCCGUGGCUCCAGGCGGAGCUGAAGAAUAAACUGUGGGAAGCUGUGCCAGGUGCCCGCUGGGUAGCUUUGACCACAGACACCUGGAUGUCAAACCGCCAGCAAAGUUUCGUGGCAGUGACAAUUCCUUUUGUACACGCUGGCAAGUUCAUGUCCGGGUGCCUGGACGCAGCGACGCAGCCGGGAGGCCACUCUGCGUGGAACAUCGUGGCACACCUCCAAGGAGAGAUGGAUGCAUGGCAGAUUGUGGGAAAGGCACGUUCAUUCAGGAUGGCCAGCGAACCUCAAAACUUGAAAAAUGAGAGGAAUUUCAGUAGGCACAGUACCCUGGCUUCUGAUCGCCUGCGCAACCAACAAAACUUGGCACAAGCUUCGAGUUGCAGUGUAUCUAGCAGGUCCCAGCCCGCUGGAAUAUCAAGCUGGCAAUGGUGAGAAGAUAGUAUGGAAGUGAAGGAUCAUCUCAUCAUUGUUCAGUCUCAAUCAUGCAAUGUGCUUACUUGAUGUGUAGGCUUGAAGUAAAGCUUAGAGUUUGCUGCUCCACCCUUUCUUACAUUGGGUUGCGUCAGUAGUGACGUCAAGAGUUAGGCCUUCCUUUUCAUAAUAUAUCUAAUAUAAUGCCAGACUGCUUUAAAUAGGAUAAGAGCAAAGAAAAAGGUUAAAUGAUUUGGAUAAAAAAAAGUCCAUGGAGGAAGUCAGAACAGGGUUUGCUAGGGGACUGACUAGUAGCAUAGUUCUCAAAGACGUCUGUCCAGGAGGAGGCAUUGCCAAACUUGAAAACUGGGGGAGUUUUGAAUCUAAUUUUUAUAGGUACCCAAUGCAUAAAUUAGAUUUAUCCAUUUAGCAAGUGAAUAAAUCAUACUCCAACACUGACAUGGAUUCCCAUCUCUUCUUAUUACCACAUUAUUAGGUACUCCCAAGAUAAGAAUAUAUAAAAUGUUAAACAUAUGAAGACAAGUAAUAACAAGAAAUAAUGGCAAUAUUAGGCAAGAAAUUAAGUUCAUGAAAAUGAAAUAAUAGGCACAAUAAAAUGUUUUAAAAAAGAAGAAACAGCAAAUUUCUGAAGGAAUAUGGGAAAUAUGUACAACUUCAAGAAAAAACAAACACUUCCUUGGGGGAAAACUUUUAUAUAGCGUUCAGGAAUACCUCAAUGACUAAUACGUGCAAUGUGAUUUCAGGUGCUGCAGUAGGUCUAGAUGUAGAAAUAGAAGAAAAAGAAAGAAAGAAAAAAACCAACAACUUGCCACAACCUGCCUCCUCCUCCUCACCAUUUCA